AUGAUUUCGUACGUGGAUAUUCAACAAAUGACGUUACACUUGAUUAUGAAGAUACCAAGUACAAUAUCAAGAGAACAUGGAAAGUUGUAUAAAUUCAGGCGAAUCCAGCAAUAUAUCAAAACGUCUAUGGACUCAUUUUUGAAAGUAACUUAUCUCAUAUUUAUAGUCGUCUUCUACAUUAGAGUUUCAAGUAAAGGUGCUUAUGCAAUGGCAAACCUAUCUCCACCCGUUCGAACUUGCGUUCUGAGAGUUGGAAUCAAGUGUUGCAAAGGCUGCCAGACAAAAGCAAAGAGAAAGUUGCUAAAUGUCUCUGGGGUGAGUACAGUUGAGUAUAACGCAGAACAAGGGCUCUUGACAGUCACAGGUGAUGCCAACCCAACAACAUUGCUUCAUAAGCUUACGAAAUGGGGCAAAAAGGCAGAACUAGUCUCUUUUCUUGGAGACAACUACUCUUCCCAUGUUCCUAGAACCCCGGAACAAAACCAAAACAAGACAAUGGAGAAGAAAAAGAAGAAGCCAACAAAGUGUUGUCUUCUAAUGUGUUUUGGAAAUAAGAGAAGCAAGAACACAAAGAUUGAGCCUAUGGCGAUACCAAACUGGCAAUAUCGAGGAGUAGGAAAUGAAAAUGGCAAUGCCAGGCCUUUCAUUAACGCGGCAAUGUCACCUCCAAUGGUGUAUCCUCCUCCACAAGCAGUGCCUGGCUUCACAACACCCAUACCAUACCCUCCUCCUAGUUUUUUUCCAGGAAGACCACCACCACCAUACACUGGUGCUGGUAUGUUCCAGUCAGCUCCACCACAAUCCCCACCAUAUUUUCCAGUUCCCAACCCUAGGCUGCAUUACCCGCACCACUGAUACAGUUCUUUCAGACGAUACAUUCAUUGCCUGUUUCUUCUCUUAGCUAUGACUCAAAUGCUGAGUAAUAAUAAGAUGGUAAAUUCUUUUCAACAUGUAAGGUAUAUGAAGAAAUGCAAAUGAAUGAUUUCCACAAUAAGGCAGACUAGAAAACACAUAUAGACAAUUAACUUGAUAAACUUUUUUUUCGGCCGGACUCAUGUUUUAAAUGAUACCAAAAAUAAAC